AUGUCUGUUGUGCUGGAAUGGUCCGAGAUCGACAAGGUCAUAUUCUUUGGCUACGGGACGGUUUGGUACAGUACCUUGACGAUUCUGUUGCAUCCGAUGACGUUGUUAAAGUGUCGCCAACAGGUGUGGAACCGAGCGAGUGCUAGUAGCGGGACGCAACGUUGGCAACACGCACCAACAUUGGCACAAACGUGGCAUAGUGUCGUGCGGCAAUCACCGCACGGGGUUUUUGGACUGUUUCGAGGAGUAGGAAUAAUUGUUUCGCUCGCCAUUCCGGCACGACUCCUUUACAUUGGGGUGUUGGAAUGGAAUGACGUCGAGGACCAUCAAGUCGAUGCCGUGGCGUCUCGAAAUCGGAUUGUGGCAACUUCGGUAGCUGGGGGUCUUGCCGGGGGUGUGGCGGCCGUGGCGGCGCAAAUUCUGGUGGUUCCCAUGGACGUCAUUUCGCAGCGGCAAAUGGUCGAUCCGGAACCACAAACUGUCCGGAACAUUGUGUCGGAGAUUCGACGAACGGAAGGCUGGCGAGGUCUCUACCGCGGAUUCGGACUGUCAAUCGCGAACGGUUUGCCGGCAGGCAUUGUUUGGUGGUCCACCUACAGUGGAUGCCAGCACUGGAUACAGGGACUACCAGUGGUUACAAAACAAGACGAUGGGAUGAGUCCAACAACCUCCAAAGUCGUCACGCAAAUUGGUUCAGGGAUCACGGCUGGUCUCGUUGCCGCUACGGUGACACAACCAAUCGACGUCGUCAAAACGCGCCUUCAGGUUGAUCACAACCGACAGCAUUCGUAUGGUAAGGUGGCCCACACACUGUAUCGAUCCGCCGGUCUCCGUGGCUUUUAUCGUGGACUCGGUCCACGAGCCGGAUAUUUGGCUCUGUGGGGAACCUGUCUUUCCAGUCUCUAUGAAUUGCUGCGUUACGUUUCACGUAUCGAA